AUGCAGUCAUGUGCAGUUAUUGGCUGUGGUUCUGCUGGGAUGGCGGCGGCCACGGCAUUGCGUCAAUGUGGAUUACUAGUCACAUGUUUUGAACUUGCUGCAGAUCCUGGUGGAGUUUGGAAUAGCGAUACUCGCAAACCAUUUUCUUCACGUGGAUUAGUGUCACCUAUUCAUCCCACGAUGCGGUGUAUUUUACCAAAGGAUCUCUUUAGUUUUAGUGAUGUUCGAUUUGAUUUCACAGUGCCACAGUUUCCACAUCACUCCUCAGUACGUCGCUACUUGGAGCAGUAUGCGGAGAAAAAAGGUGUAAGAGGACUUGUUCGAUUUAAUACGAAAGUUCAAUCGGUGCGGUAUGAUUGCAAAGGUGCUGUAUGGCGUGUGAUUACAGUAAAUGUAGUGAAUGGCGACGUGUUUGAGUGGUCCUUCGACAAGGUAUGCGUUUGUACAGGACAGACACAUGAACCACGAUAUCCUUCUGGGAUAAAGGAUGUUUUAAAGCCAUAUGUAAGCGCAGGUGGGGAACUUCAUCACGCUUCUCAUGUGAAGGAUUUUCGUCAGUUCAAAAACAAGCGUGUUGUAGUUGUGGGUAAUGGUGUAACCGCCUGGGAUUAUUGUAUGGAAUUGCGUCGCAGUGGCGCUGAUGUAUAUCAUAGUAGCUAUCAUCCUCCUGGUCAAGAGCAGGGAGAGCUGUGGGAUGGAGUUUUACAAUGUGGUUCUUCAAUAAAUUUUAAUCGUAAUGGGGCUAUGCGUGAUGCAGGGAGUGCAGCACUACAAUUACUCUCUUGUUUGCCCGGUUGGCGAAAAGAUCACACAAAAGGAAGUCGUAUUGUUUCUCGUUGGAUGCAGUUUAGCAAUGCUGAACUCUUUGGAAAGAUACCAAGUGUUGGUCAUGUUAUUUUGUGCGAGGGAAGAGGGAUUCUCUUUGCAGAGGAGCGUAAGCAAACAAUGGAGAUAGUUGAUGAAGCUAAAGUGCGUGCCAUGGUGCGGAGAAAACAAGACAUUAAGACACUUGAAUCUAGAAAUACUGUUGCUGAUAAUAAUAAUAAUAAUGAACCCAGUGGAAUAUUUAUCGAUAACGUUGAUGCGGUAAUUUGUGCCACAGGGUACCACUUACGGUUUCCAUUUUUGCACCGUGACCUUAGAAAUGUCCUCGAAGAUCCACCACUCUUGCUUCAAGAAAGAGGAAAUGAUAAUCCACAAAAAGAAAAUCAACAGAAUGAAACUUAUUCCCAUGGAGUAGGUACCACAAGAUCAUUGGAACGUCGUGGUUUGUAUCUUGGUACACUAUAUGCACAAGACCCUUCUAUUGCUUUCGUAGGCAUACAAAGAGAAUUACUUCCACCUUUUAUGCUUUUUGAAGCGCAGUCAAAGUUUGUUGCUUAUGCUUUCACUGGUCGUUUAAAACUUCCAUAUGGUGCGGUAAAUAUGUUGGCACACGAAGCGGAUUUAAUGCAACGCUAUCCACCAUUGGUCCACUUGUAUAGUCCAGAAGGUCUGGGACUCUACUCAGCGGUCUAUUUCAAUGUUUUACAAGAGGAACUUCAGGUUGGUUCUCGUAGUACUUACACUGCUGGUAUUAUGGAACGACAGAAAUGGGUCCUAUUGACAAGUUUGUUGCGUCUUGUGCAUAAGAUUCGUUCAUUGGCUCCUUUAAAGCGAAAGAAGCAGCACAUACUUUUCAGCAACAAUAUAUGA